AAAUUGAGAAACAACUAAACUCAUUCUACUCACAAAAACAAGAUAAACAAACAUAAACAUGGUAGUGAAAGUGUAUGGUCCAGCCUAUGGUUCCCCAAAAAGGGUGUUAGUGUGUCUGUUUGAGAAGGAAAUUGAGUUUGAAGCUGUUGAUAUUGACCUCUUCAAGGGAGAGCAUAAACAACCUGAUUUCCUCAAACUUCAGCCUUUUGGAGAAGUUCCUCUUGUUCAAGAUGGUGAUUAUACUCUCUAUGAAUCUCGAGCAAUAAUCAGAUACUAUGCCGAAAAGUACAAGAACCAAGGAACUGAUCUGUUAGGAAAGACAAUAGAAGAAAGAGGUCUUGUGGAACAAUGGCUUGAAGUAGAAGCACAUAGCUUUCACCCUGCAAUCUACAACUUAGUCAUCCAAGUUCUGUUUGCGCCAUUAAAGGGUGCUCCCUCAGACCAAAAAGUGAUUGAAGAGAGUGAUGAAAAGCUCAAGAAAGUGUUGGACAUUUAUGAGGAAAGACUAUCAAAGACCAAAUACUUAGCUGGAGAUUUCUUCAGUCUUGCUGAUCUUAGCCAUCUCGCAUUCGGUCACUAUUUAGUGAACCAAACCGGGAGAGGAAAUUUGGUUAGAGAAAGGAAACAUGUGAGUGCUUGGUGGGAUGAUAUUAGUAGCAGACCAUCUUGGAAGAAGGUUCUAGAACAAUAUAAGUACCCUGUCUAAUGGUUUUAUUUGUGAUCAAUGUUCCAAACACCCUAAAUAAGAGAUUUGGUUUAGGAGAGUUUCUACUUUCUUGUGGUUUUUGUUACUUGCUUAAGAAUAAAAUGGAGCCUGCUGCAAUGUACUGAACUUGUGUUGGAUUUCCUGUUUUAUUUGUUCUAGUCAUUGUGUUGUAGGAAGGUUCAAAUAUAUGUAUGUUUUUGUCAAACAUGAUUUCAGUAAUAAAAUUUGGUGUUUGGUCAUUUUCAA